GAACAAGUAAAAGGUUAUCAUAGUAAAAUGUUAUCUUGAAUGAUUAAGUAAAUUUCUUCAAGAAGACACAGAUAAAUACAUUUAACGACGAAGUGCCAUCCGAAGCUUAAGGACAAUUACAAAAACUCUGAUAGAACAUCAUUGCUUUGAGUUUAUAUAACCUUGUUGCGGAAAAUAGGUUCAUUAUAACAAUGUUGGAAAAUGAUAAGCUUGAUAGAAGAGAUACAAGUUCAUGCACAAAUGAUCAUACUAGUUCUAGUGAUGACAACAAUGGUACAGAUCUUCUUAACAAAGGGGCAAAUAAAGACAGAGAGAAAACUUCUGUUACACAGGAAAUUACUGAAAAGGAUAGUGGCUGGGCUUGGAUAAUCGCUCUUGCAACGUCUCUGCAUGUGUUUCUACUAGUGGGAUUUGCUAAAUCCUUUGGACUUUUUUUCGUACAGUUCAUAGACGUCUAUGGAACCAGUUCGUCUAUGACGUCAGUUAUUAUUGCAGUACAAACGCUAGUGACUAGCAUCUCAUCUUUAUUCGUGUUGAAUAUUGGAACUAAGAUGUUUUCUGUUCGAUCGAUCAUCAUUAUUGGUGCCAUUUUAUCAUCCGCUGGAUAUAUGUUAAAUGCCUUUUCUCCAAACAUUACAUUCUUAGUAUUUUCACAUGGUAUCAUAUACGGCUUAAGUUGUGCUUUCGCAACAGGACCGAUGUUUGUAGUCUUAAAUGCGUCAUUCGAAAAAAGGCUUGGUAUAGCAUACAGUAUCGCAAUGGUGGGUGGAUGCAUUGGUAGUUUUACCUUACCUAUCUUAAUUCAAACUUUAUUGGAUAAAUAUGGUCUUCAAGGUGCUUUAUUAGUGUGUUCAGGGAUGCAUCUAAAUAAUAUCGUUGCUGGUGCUUUAAUACGGUCACCACGUACACCCAAAGUGAAAAGACGCACAGGUAAGGAUGCAGUACUUCAAGAGAUACUUGAUCCUGAGCAAGAUCUAAAAUCAACAUUUAACAGAGAUUUAAGUGUUUCAGACAGCAAUGUUAAGCGUCAGAUUGACAAUAGAAGUCAACCGAUUCAUUUUAAAAUAUAUCACUCAGGAGCACCACGAACUCAAUCUGAAAGUCAUGAUAAUGGUGCUACGAAAAACGAUGUACAUGUGAACACAUCUCUACAAGACUUCUUCAAAACACUCUCUAGAAGUGCAAUAAACAUUUACAACACAACAGAUACAGCAGAAACGUUUUCUUCGAUGCAUAGUGUUGGUAUCUUACGGCACAAUAGUGAAGAUGAUGAUGAAUCUGUUAAGCAUAAACGUUCAUUUAAAGUGUCAUGCCAUGACUUGUUAGGUAUAGAUCUUCUGAAAAAUCAUAGUUUACAGGCAGCACUAUUUGCAGCCUUUCUGGCGUUUUUCGGACUUGCAUUUAUAGUUGCAUAUAUUCCAGCAUUUGCGAACGACAAUGGGAUCACUCAGGAUAGGUUAGCAAUUUUAUUAACCAUCACUGGUGUGUGUGAUCUGGUAUCUCGUAUCCUACUUGGAAUAUUGAUAGACUCCAACAAAAUAAAGAGAAAAAAUAUUUUAUCAUUUUCGUUAUUUGUAACAGGAGUUGCAACGUUAUUUAAUCCAUUUUACACAACUUUUCAAACGUUUGCCAUAUAUUCUGUGAUCUAUGGACUUUUCGGGAGUUUAUAUUUCUCUUUGAUGACAAUGUUGAUGAGGGAAGGUGUUGGUCCAGAUAAGCUUCCAGCAGCAUUAUCCUUACAGAUAUUUAUCCAUGGCAUUUCGUCAAUUGUUUUCGCACCUUUACUAGGUUAUAUAAGGGACAAAACAGGAUCGUAUACAGUGUCCUUUUAUGUAAUGGGUUCAGCACUUCUGAUAGCAUCUAUUGUAAUAUUUUGUGAACCGCUCGUUAAAAAACUCGAAGAUCGCAGAGUUAUGAAACUUCAACGAAAGUCAAAUGAUGAUGAAGAUGUGACAAUUCAUAUGGUUAAUAACUGAUUAUUGACAUAUUCAAUUAAGACUGAAUUAAGGCAGAUAUUGAAAUCCGUGUUUGUCCAAAUUGCAUCCAGUAGAUCAAAUCAGUCCAUUUGAUUAAUGGCAAAGAUUUUGUUUAAAAUCGUCCGCUAAACAUUCAAAAUUCAAAUACGGUACCAAUGCAUACUAAAUCCAAUCAAUAUACCAACAGACGUCCAACAAAUACAUAUUCAGAUAUGUUGAUAAGAAUCUACAUGGAUGUGCAACAAAGACAACAAAUACAUAUUUUAAGCUGAUACAUAAUGUCGGAGGAGGUUAUACGUUUGUCAAGUUUUAGUUGAUAAAUGGGUUAUG